GUUGAUCGAUUUCAGUCACCAGUUACCGCGCUAACCGCAGUUUGUUGACAGAAUCACAAGUACACUGUACGGUAACGAGACAAUGCCGCAGACAAGAACCAACAAAAAAGCAGAAACAAAGGCAGAAAACCAAGAACACACGGAGACGGAGACAAAGGUGGAAAAGAGUGACGAAACGCCUAGCAAGGAACAAGAGACACCAGAGGCGACGUCUGGAGAAACUAAAACCGACAGCGAGGAACAGCCGGAAAGUCAAGCCAAACGGCAGAAAACGGGAGAGCAAGACAACGAAGACAACACAAACGAUGGGGAAAGCACUCGCGAGGAUGUAGUCGAAAAAGACGAAGGGAACCCCGAAAAGGAAAAACCAGCUAGCGAGCCACUUGAAGGGAAGAAAGUUGAAGAGAUUGACAGUGAAGGUCAGAAAGUCGACAACGCGAUUGCCGCCGAGGAUUGAAAAGCAUAUACGGGAACUGUGCUCGCUUGAAAGCGCGCGAAACUGCACGUGACUUGAAUCUCAUUCUAGGCAAUCGUUGCUUUUAUCUGAUGUUGUAUGUAGCAUUAAUCGUGGUUUUAUGAUAGUGAACUUGGACGGUUCCAAUAUAGUGAGUUUCUCUAUCAAUA